UUAUGCGUCAAGCUGGCGUUACACCUACCCUGAAAACAGCGUUCCCACUGGUAUCCUACAUCUCAAAGGACAUUGAGACUGUUGACCGAGCAUUUUUCACCCUCCAGGAUCUUCAAAAGGAACACAAGACUGUGGACUUGGUUGCUGUCAGCGCAGUUAUUAAGGCAUGCAUCCGUCUCAAUGAUUUGGAACGAGCUGUCUCGACCCUCCAAGAUAUGUCUCAAUUCAAACUGAAGCCCGACAGCGACACGUACGACAUGUUGCUGGCCGCUUGCGCAGCAGACAGCAAUAAGAAUUUGAGCUUGUAUAUAGCGAAGGACAUGGCCUCCAACAAUGUCGCACCUACGGCUGCCACUUUCACGCAUAUCAUCGGUACUUCUCUCUGGGCCGGUUCGGAUUACGAAGAGGCUUUCGUAUACUUGGAGGAGAUGAAAGCUGCAGGUUUCAAACCUUCUCAAGAGAUAUACACCGAAUUGAUCAGAAAGUGCGUUAUUUAUAACGACGGUCGAGCGACAGUUGCGUUGGAAGAGAUGCAGGCAUUUGGUUACGAAACUGAUUUUGUCUCGAAAAUUAUAUCCGAAGGCCAAAGGAAGAGUCGGCGUGCUGACGAGGAAGAACGCAACACGCAAUCUGGCCGUAAAGGAAAUAUUCUUGAUGCACUCGAUCUACUUCAAUAAAGAAUGCAUUCAUGCAUGCAUGGACGGCGUUUCUCGUGUUAGGAUAUAUUCAGGUAUAAAUAAAAAAUCGCUCACUCCGCCGAAGUGGUGUCUGGAUA